ACAUAAGGUGUUGACUGAGUCUCAUUCUUCGCUGGAUUGUUGUUGGGUUUUUUUUUUAUUACCAUGGUGGUUGUUUUAACAUUCUGCCCCAGAGAAAAUCUACAUUCAGCCUUGAAUUCAUUUUGUUACCUCCUGUGUGAACCUCAGAUAUCAAGUAGUUGUUUCUGUUGUCAGUAGCAGUGACAGACAUUCAGGCUCAGUGUGAGGAUGGGGCUCACUGUGCUCAGUGCGCUGUCUUUAUUUGUGCUGAAUAUUACCUUUCUCUGUGGACAUGCUCAAGAUGCUGAGCUGAGCCUUAAACCAAACGUGUCCCAUUUAUUUGCUGGAGAGUCUGUAACCUUCAUCUGUGACAUGAGAGAGGGAAAUGCCACUGACUGGCUUUACAAAUUCAACUGGAAUGAUCAAGAAAUGGUCCACUUCACUAAAAGUAGCUCCUACUUACUUUACCUGACAGCAGAGCUGAGUGGGAAUUAUCAAUGUAUUGGUCGCCGCAAUGGCUUGACAGAUUUUAUAAAACGGAGUAAUAACCUGACUCUGUCCAUAUCAGCACUCAGACCCACGGCGACUAUAACAGCAGACAAGACAACUAUUCCAGUGGGGGGCUCGGUGACACUGACCUGCUCUGUUCAGGGCUCUGCUGGCUGGACAUUUGAUUGGUUCAGACAAAUCCCAGAUUCUCGUGAAGUAGUAAUCGAUACGAACAGUUUGCAAAACUUUAUUAGUGUCUCAGACGAAGGCAUCUAUCGAUGCAGAGGAAGAAGAGGAAACCCAGUUUUCUUCACAAACCUCAGCAAAGUGUAUCACAGUCAGAAAACAUUGUCCAACAGGGCCUUUGUGACUCUGCAACAGAACUGGACUCAGAUAUUCAGCGGUGAGAUGAUCACCAUCAAAUGUGAGAUCCAAGGAGGAGAAAACACUGAGUGGCAGUAUGAAUGGAGAACAACAAGCUCAAAAACACCUCCCACACACAGUGAAUACAACAUCAGCAGUGCUUCAUUUUCCUACAACGGGCAAUAUUGGUGUAAAGGUAGAAGAGACGUGUUCUUCUCAACAGCUUGGAGUGAUGCUUUUACACUAAAAGUCUCAAACAAACCCAGACCCACAAUUACUGCUGAUAGGAGAACAAUACCAGCUGGAGGCAAUGCAACACUCAGCUGCUCUGUGGGGAGCUACAAUGAGUGGAAAUACUUCUGGUUCAGACGUGUCUCAGUCUUUACAGAAAUUCAGGUGAUUAGAAACAAAGAACCAGAUCAAAUGAUCACUGUCACACAGGGAGGUAUCUACUACUGCAAGGGAGGGAGAGGAAACCCCGUUUUCUUCACAGAGGACAGUGAUCCAAUCACUAUUGAAAAAAGAGUUUCCAACAAAGCAGUUGUGUCCCUGGAGCCCAGCUGGCCUCUGAUAUUCAGUGGUGAGAAGAUCACUGUUAGAUGUCAGAUUUCUUUAGGUGGAAGCACUGAGUGGGAGUAUGAGUGGAGUAAACCCGACUCAAGCACAGGUCUGGCAAAUAAUGCAUCCAUCAAUCUUAAUGCAUCUGUGAUCAACAGUGGAAGCUACAGGUGUAUGGGUAAAAACAAACAGGAGCUGUAUUCUGUGACAGAGUGGAGUGAUGCCAUCACACUGACAGUCUCUGGACAGAGACCAAAGUCCAGCAUCAGUGCUGACAGUAGAGUCCUUCCAGAAGGUGACACAGUCACCCUGACCUGCUCUGUGACACCAUCUACUCCUGGUUGGAGUUACUACUGGUACAGAGGCAAGAAAACCUCAGAACCACUGACGAUGGCAGAAGUUGUUCUCCACUCUGAUGGACAAAUCGGUGUAUCACAGGAAGGAGACUAUUGGUGCAGAGGAGGACGAGGCAACCCAGUUUACUACACAGACUACAGUGAUGUGAUCAGUAUUAAGAAAACUGUUAGAAACGGGCCUGCUGUGACUCUGCAUCCAAACUGGCCUGAGGUAUACAGCAGAGAGACAAUCACUUUGAAAUGUGAGAUCCCAGGAGAAGACACUGAGUGGGAUUAUGAGUGGGCAACAAGCAGCUCACAUCAACCUCCAAACCAAAAUGAAUACAAGAUUAACUCUGUUUCUGAAUCACACCAUGGGCACUACUGGUGUAAGGGCAGGAUGAGAAGUGCACAACAGAAUUCAACAAUGUGGAGUGCAUCCUUUCAACUAAAGAUAGUUUAUAAACGUCGUCCUGUCCUCACUGUGUCUCCAUCAUGGCUGAGUCCUGGAAGAGGAGACCCAGAGUAUCACACUGAUCACAGUCAACCAAAGUUUGUCUGGUCUGCAGAUUUAAAUUCAGCAGCCUCUCUCACAGUCAGUCCUAACAGUGUGCAGCACUUCAUCCAUGAUUCAGUAACUCUGAAUUGUUCUGGAAACUCUUCUCAGUGGAGAGUGAUGACAUUUACUCAGCGCGGAUACCGGAGAAAACUCCUGGAAUGUGGAAACGGGGGGAUAAUGACCAAAUCCACGUGCAACAUAGAUCUUGACCAGUACCGAGAUGCUGUGUACUGGUGUGAGUCUGAAUCAGGACAGUUCAGCAAUGGAAUCAACAUCACUUCACAUGUUACUGGUGUGAUCCUGGUGAGCCCUGUCCAUCCAGUCAAUGAGGGGGACUCUGUUGCUCUUGGCUGCAAGUUGAGGACAGGAAACUUCAAUUCCACUGUUGCAUUCUACAAAAAUGGGAAACUAAUUCAAAAUGAUGACCGAGAAAAGCUAAAUAUCCCUGCAGUGUCAAAGUCUGAUGAAGGCUUCUACAAGUGUGAAUAUUCAGGGCAUGAGUCACCAGAAAGUUGGAUGUCAGUAAAAGGAUCCAGAUCUUCACCCUCUGUCUCUCUAAUCACGGGGCUGGUUAGUGGUGUCUCACUGAUUCUCCUGCUGUCCCUGCUGCUCUGUUGUUGGCACAAAAAAUCAAAGGGUACACUUUGUAUCAGACCAGCCCAGUCUCAGGAAACCAGUCAGACUGCUGCUACAGUUCAAACUAUGAGCCAGGAUGAAAAUCAGCAGCAAAUAUAUUCCUCUCUUGUUCACGGUGACAUGAACGUCUAUGAGUCAUGUAGACCUUCUGAAAACACUGGUGGACGGACAGAUGACUACAGAAAUAUAUCUCUUCAGCUCAGAAGUGUCGAACAGAGGAGAAAGCGUGAUGAUCCAGAGGAAACCUCUGACUACCAUAAUGUAGAUCCAAACUCAGCUACAGGUCCCUAAAGAGAGGCACGACAUCAACAAAACAAGAGAAGGUGGACAGCAACAUGAAAAAACAAACAAAAACAUAAAAAAAAUAUUAAUUCUUAAACUUUUGAACAUCAAUAUUUUUAUACAGCUGCAUAUUAAAGUCGAGUCACACUGUGAUCCUGUGGACAAGAGUUGUUAAAACUAGGUUAAGAAGAGAGGUGACAGUCAGUGAUAUGGCAGCAUGUGGCUUCAUGCUGAGAAAGAAGUUUAAGGAAGGUCAGAGGGAGCUUCACUGUGUCUUUGUGGAUCUAGAGAAAGGAUAUGGUGCCAAGCGUGUGGGGUACUGCAUGAGGAUCUCAGGAGUAGCAGAGAAGUAUGUGAAGGUGGUGCAGGACAUGUAUGAGGACAGUGAGACAGCAGUGAGGUGUGUGGUUGUAACUUAGGAGUUUAAGCUGGGGGUGGGAUUACAUCAGGAAUCAGCUCUGAGCCCCUUCUUGUUUGCAGGGGUGAUGGACAAGAUGACAGAUGAGGUCAUGCAGGAGUCUCUGUGGAUUAUGAUGUUUGCAAACAACAUUGUGAGGUGUAGUGAGAGUAGGGAGAAGGUGGAAGAGAGGCUGGAGAGGAGGACGCAUGCACCAGAGAGAAUAGGAAUGAAAUUCAGUAGAAGCAAGACAGAACACAUGUGUAUGAACAGGAGACAGUUUAACAGUGACGCUGCAAGGAGUAGAGGAAGUGAAGGCGGAUACGUUCAACGGAGAGCUCCAAAGAGAGCGAGGAAGGCCAAAGAUAAGAGUCACAGAUGUGGUGAAGUGGACAGUGUAUGAGAGGGGAAGAAGAGAGUGCAGCAAGGGUGGGUAAAGAGUGGGCAGGGGUGAUUUGUGACAAAAGGACAGCAGUGAGAGUGAUAGUGAAGGUUUGCAAGACUGCACGACAUUUUAUUUAUAAAUGAUCAAUUAAUAAAUGUUUAUUGUUUGUUGUACCUCAUGUUACUUUUCUUAUCCUUUGUUUGUUUUCUUGCCAGUUAUUGCGUAAUUGUGUAAAUGUUCACAGUAUAAUUCAGAAUUUAAUAUCAAACUAAAGGGAAAUUACCAAGACACUUCCAACUCUAACAAUACUAAGCUCCUAAGUAUCGUAAUUGUACUGGUGACCAUGUCACAUGAUCACCAGUAUAAACAUACUCAUGAGUAUCAUGAUGAGUAAUUCUGUGUGUAAAUAAGAAACAUCUAAACAUGAGGAAGUUUGAAUUUUGUAGAAGUGUUUUUAUAAUGAAAAUAUUGUAUAUAGUUAUAAAGUGUAUUAAGUCGUUUUUCACAUUGAACUGUAUCCCAUUUUUCUCAUUUUGCUU